UUGUAUCAAACGCAUAGCGCAACGGAAAAAGAAGCGUUUGGGUGCGGAGGAAGCAAAUCAAUCCCUAAACCCGAAAAAUAACCAAAGGGGGGAACCUGAGAGAGAUCAUCAUUAGAUCAAACGAAACGAAGAAGACGAAGAGCAGCAAGCAACAGUAGAAAGAGCAACGAAAGGCGAAGACGAAGAUGUUACCCACAACUUCCAGAUCUCGCUCUUCUUCUUCUUCUUCAUCAUCCCGAGCUAACCCAAUGUUCCUCCAGUAUUUUCGUCGCAUCGUCAAGUGGCAACAAAUGGAUAUUGAAUAUACUUUCUGGCAAAUGCUUAACCUUUGUACAUCUCCCAAAGUUGUCUAUCAACACACUAAGUACCACAAACAAACGAAAAACCAAUGGGCACGUGAUGACCCUGCUUUUAUUGUGAUCUGUAGCCUGCUUCUCAUUCUUUCAACUUUAGCCUACUGUGCCACGUAUGACCAUAGUGGCUCUCAUGCUGUCGUCGUAGUUAUAUCAGUUUUCCUUACUCAUUUCCUAAUCACGGGAGGACUUAUAGCUACAUGCUGUUGGUUUCUGACGAACUCUUACCUGCGUGAGGAGGCUCCAAACAGUCAUGUGGUGGAACAACGCGUUGAAUGGCUGUAUACAUUUGAUGUUCACUGCAACUCCUUCUUUCCAAUGUUUGUGCUACUCUACGUCGUACAUUAUUUUCUAUCACCACUCCUGAUAACUCACGGGUUCAUCCCUCUACUGCUAUCGAAUUUGCUUUUCAUGGUCGGGGCUUCGUAUUACCAUUAUCUUAACUUCCUAGGAUAUGACGUGCUUCCAUUUUUGGAACGAACAACAUUCUUCCUCUACCCAAUCGGGAUCGUGAUUGUCCUGUCUCCUAUCUUGAUCUUAAGUGGAUUCAACCCGUCCAAUUAUUUCAUGAACAUGUACUUCAGCCAAAGGUUAUGAGAAAGCAAGCCACAUCAGUUGAAUCCUAAGGGCUCUGCACUGCACAUACGUUAUCAAGCAAGGAAGAAGAAGAGAGUAUGAUUCCUUUUUUUCUUUUUUACCCGUAACAGAUCAUCGUAGUGUUCAGUUUCUGGUACCACUUCAAAGGCUACGUAAUAGAACCGGUUAACAUUUUUUUUCUAAACCUGACCCCAUUUAGCAAGACUUCUGUUAAAUGUAGUGUAUUUAGGGGUAACUUCCUAUUGUCUUUUUUUUUUCCUUCAAAUUCAUGGUAUUUUUUA